UUUAUAUAAAGUCGUGCCGGAAGCGGACGUCCUUCCCUUACCAACAUGGCGGCGCUGAGCAAGCUGUUCACUCGCACCAAUGGCUCUGCCGCGGCAGCCGCUUUCAUCGCCUGCUACCUCCUCUCCCGGCGCCGCGGCCAGCGCAAACCGCCCAAGAAAGAUGGAGAUGGAUUUUCAAUUGUUGUCAAGUCGAAGGAUGGCAAGAGAGAGAGGGCAGCUGUUGACAAGGCAUUCUUUGGCCGAAUUUGGCAGAUUUUGAAAAUCAUGGUGCCUGGGAUGCUUACCAAGGAGACAAUGUAUCUGGUUAUGGUGGCGGCAACUUUGGUGGCCCGGACCUACUGCGACGUGUGGAUGAUUGAGAACGGGACAAUGAUUGAGAGUGCUAUCAUUGGGAGGAGUAUGGGGCUGUUCAAGAAAUACCUCCUCAACUUCAUGUGGGCAAUGCCUCUUAUCGCAGUUGUCAACAACCUGCUAAAGUUCGGGCUCAAUGAGCUGAAGCUGUGCUUCCGAUCCCGGCUUACGCUGUACCUCUACGAGCAGUAUCUCAAUGGCCACACGUACUACAAGAUGGGGAACCUGGACAAUCGCAUCGCAAACGCCGACCAGCUGCUCACCCAGGAUGUGGAGAAAUUCUGCAACAGCGUAGUUGAUCUUUACUCUAACCUGAGCAAGCCUCUACUGGACAUCGCUCUCUAUGUGUUUCGGCUGACGAGUGCCAUUGGAGCUCAGGGCCCGUGUGCAAUGCUUUCGUACCUCAUGGUGUCGGGGCUGUUCUUGACGAGGCUGCGUCGCCCCAUUGGGAAGAUGACGAUGACGGAGCAGAGAUUCGAGGGCGAGUACAGAUACGUGAACUCGCGGCUCAUCACCAACAGCGAGGAGAUUGCGUUUUACAAUGGCAACAAACGAGAGAAAACGACCAUCAAGAACACGUUCAAGCGGCUGGUCGAUCAUCUGCACAAUUUCAUUGUGUUUCGCUUUUCCAUGGGCAUUGUGGAUGACAUCAUCGCCAAAUAUCUUGCCACGGUGGUGGGUUACCUGGUCGUGAGUCGUCCCUUUCUGGAGCAUAACAACCCUCGCCACCUCACCAGCAGCCAUGCCGAGCUGCUGGAGGAUUACUACCAGAGUGGAAGGAUGUUGUUGAGGAUGUCUCAAGCACUGGGUCGGAUUGUUUUGGCUGGAAGAGAAAUGACCCGACUUGCUGGGUUCACCGCUCGCAUAACGGAACUCAUGCAGGUGCUGAAGGAACUGAAUUCUGGAAAAUACGAACGGACGAUGGUGACAUCGCACGAUCGAGGCUCCUCUCAAGAGGAGACGGAACCGCUUGUCCCUGGACGAGGACAAGUCAUCCUCACCGACCACAUCAUCAAGUUUGAACACGUCCCAUUGGCCACCCCUAACGGAGACGUCCUCAUCAAAGACCUCUCCUUCGAGGUGCGUUCUGGGACAAAUGUCCUUGUUUGUGGCCCCAACGGCUGUGGGAAGAGUUCACUCUUCCGAGUGCUGGGAGAGCUGUGGCCCUUAUUUGGAGGAUGUCUCACCAAACCAGAGAUUGGAAAGCUCUUUUACGUCCCACAGAGGCCGUACAUGACCUUGGGAACCCUGAGGGACCAAGUGAUUUACCCUGACUCACCUGAAGACCAGCGGAAAAAGGGCGUCUCUGACAAGGUCCUCAAGGACUACUUGGACAACGUGCAACUUGGUCACAUCCUGGAUAGGGAGGGAGGCUGGGAUAGCGUUCAGGACUGGAUGGACGUACUGAGUGGCGGAGAGAAGCAGCGAAUGGCCAUGGCGCGCCUUUUCUACCACAAGCCGCAGUUCGCCAUCCUGGAUGAGUGCACGAGCGCAGUGAGCGUCGAUGUUGAGGACUUCAUCUACAGCCACUGCAAGAAGGUUCACAUCACGCUCUUCACAGUGUCUCACAGGAAAUCACUCUGGAAACACCAUGCUUUUUACCUGCACAUGGAUGGACGUGGAAACUACGAAUUCAAAGCAAUCACUUCUGACACCGUGGAGUUUGGAUCUUAGUCCUGUAAUUCUUGAGUGAGUGAGAGUGGUCAAUGAGAGACAGCUUUGGUGGGUUGCAGUGAAGGAGGUUGAUAUUGGUUGGGAAAUGAGUGAGUGAUUUGGUUGAUCAUAGAGUGAGUAGGUGGGUGGAUGUGUGUGUGUUGGUAAAAUUAGUUGAGUGGAUCAGUGUGUGAGUAGUUGGGUUGGUGAGCAAGGAGUUGGGUGAAUGAGUGAGAAAGAACAUAGAGGGGUGAAUGCGUGAGUGGAUUGGUUUAUUAAUCAGUGAGUGGUUAGGCGAGUGAUUGGGUGGAUUCAUUGGCGAGUAAAUUAAGUGCAUGUCUUUGUGCUCAUGAAACUUGGAACUGCAGGCUCCACAAGACGAGCAAUGGCCCAUUUAGUCCAGGAUCAGAACCUGGACCGAGGUCCACAUUUCCAUGCUCCAUGAGGGUGUCUGGUCUCAGGCCCACUCGUCUCGUUUUAUAUUAUUCACUCUUCUCUUUCCCCUACCUUCUGUAGCCAAAGGGAAAGGAGUGGGGUUGAGAAACUAGAAUAUGUUCUUAGGAACAUUUAAUAUAGGCAUGGGUUAUGUUAUGCAAUUUUGCAAAAAUGUUUUUGACACUUUUCAACCAAGGUAGGAAAGCAUGAGAGUGUAUUAACUUUGCCCAUUUGUCUGUUCUUCUAUCUUAACGUGUGGGAGGAAACAAUAACUCUCGUAAAGCUAAUCCCUUAUGUACGAAACUUUACAUAUAUAUAAAAAAAAUAGUUCUUAGACACUCAUUAAUUAAAACUGGCCAAGUUGUGAAUGAAAGGUUGUGCACAACUUUGACAAAAAUUCAGCACUUAAAGGAUACGCCUUGGCGUUUGUGCCAUAACGGCUGAGAUUUGUGAGCACCACACUUUCCCCCGAAUCAGGACGUCACAUGUCAUGAGGCUGCCUCCCCACCUGAUAUGUCAUAAUCCCACCCCCCUCCACACACAGCUGAGAAGUUAAACUAAGCAGAUGACAUCAAGUACGCAUUGGCCUGUCAUACUCAUUUACCCCUCCGCUCAUGCUGCAUUUCCAAGACCAUGGGAAAGCAGACGGCAACCGUGCUAAGCAAUUUCAAGAAUUACUCAAAAUGGCUUGGUUUUUGUCCCAAUGUUUCAAGAAACAUGCCACCAUAGAUUAUCUUCCCCGAUAUCCUCCUUGCCCCCUCUCUUUCCAGAAGAAGAUGAAGGAUAAACAUUUUUUUGUAACUAGGUUUGUCACAUGGUUGAGUUAACUUAUACUGUCCCAUUUAAAAAUGUAUCAAAUUUGGAAUUUAUGCUGUGACUUUAUUAGAAAAACACAGCUGUGAUGUUAACUUAGAAACAUCAAUCAUGGUGCAUUUCUCUUCUAUCUUACGCCCGUUAUGUAACAACUCUGGUGAAAGAAUGUAGAUCCAUUCGUAAAUAGUGCCACAUGGCUUACAAAAUACGAGCUAUGGUUUGGCCUGGUAAGGGUAAUUUGGGAAUCCAUGCCAAGCUCACUUGUCUGGCUGGCUAGCUUCCCAAUAGUGAUGGUAUCGUUACGCAAAUGUUUUGGAACCGUGCCUCGGGGUUCAGGGUGCCAAGGUCACUUAAAGUCGAGUAGGCCUGGGAGGACCGUGUGUGGGAAUUCGCGUUCGUCGUUUCAGCCCCGAUGGAGCACCGGAUCAGUGCAGUUCCCAGUGCCCGUGUAAAUGUUCCAACAAUAUGGUGCUGCUCUCAUCACCAUCACCACAAUCUAUGUCCAGCACUGCUAGCAUAAUCAUUGUUAUGGAUUUAUAACCACUGUGGCAAAGGCAUUUAAUGGUGGAACACAUUUUGGAGCCACUGCACAGGAAAGUGUGUUGGGGAAAUAGGGUUAUUUUUAAGACAAUUACUGUAGUAAUUACUGUAGUUAUUGUUGGUACUUUUAAUGAAUGUGCAAAUCAAGAAUGUUCAAUGCAUUUAAACGAAAUCGUCACUAUAUGUACAGCAUCAAUACUGUAUACUGUGCUGUGUAAUACUAUUUACCAGAAUCCUUCACUUUUGCCAUAAUUUGUACAGUAAUUAGAAUUCCCAUAAAUGUUUUUGGAACACAAGUUUAAUUAUUUAUUUUCAAAAUACCAUGCUAGUUACACCUUGACGAGCAAGAUUUCUCAAUUUGCAGUUGCCUUGUUCACUUAUACAAUGUUCCAGAUUUACUCAAACUGCCCUUUUUAAUUAUAGUUCGGAUACUUUGCUAGUGCAAAUGAAAUGCAGUACCGAUACAAAAAAACAUUACAACUUAUCAUUUAUAUUAACUUUAACAUCGCAAAUGCGCGUGAAUGUAAUUUCAACCAAUUCCUAACGUGUCGACAAAAUGUUGAUGUUGCUGUUGAAUUAAUUUGCAAUAAAAUGCUCAUUAGAAACA